GACCACACGUUUACAUCAUAUUAAAAUAUUCAUUGCAUAAUGCUGGGAGCCCACAGUCACAUAGCUUGCAAUAAUAUCCAAACUCUCUUCCUUCAACGCAAAAUAUCAAUUAGGCCUUUUACAAGUAAGACUAGAAUUUGCACUGCAGCCUCGGUGAUCAGUGGGUCGUCAGUGACUCAUAAAACUUGGAGUCCUCUCUCCAUGGAAAAGCCAUUAAGUAAGGCUUUACUCGAAACUGAUGUGUGGAAAGUUAUUCCAGGAAAAUUUGGGAGGUUUGGAGGAAAGUAUGUUCCUGAGACACUAAUCACUAGUUUGAAGCAACUUGAAAAUGAAUUCAACUUUGUUUUGCAAGAUACUGCGUUUCAGGAGGAGCUUUCCACGGCAUUGAGAGAGUAUGUUGGACGAGAGACACCUCUAUAUUUCGCUGAGCGGCUCACAAAUCACUACAAGGAUGAAAAUGGAGAAGGGCCAGAGAUUUAUCUGAAAAGAGAGGAUUUGAACCAUAUGGGUGCUCACAAGAUAAACAACGCAAUUGCACAAGUGAUGAUAGCCAAACGGAUGGGCCGGAAAAGUGUGGUUGCCGCCACUGGUGCCGGACAGCACGGUGUCGCAACGGCUGCUGCAUGUGCCAAACUUGGUUUGGAAUGCACUGUCUACAUGGGUACUGAUGAUACGGAAAAACAAUCCUCUAAAUCUAACGUCCUUUUAAUGAAUCUAUUAGGCGCUCAGGUUAAAGGUGUAAAUGGAAGCUUUAAAGAUGCAAGCUCAGAAGCAAUAAGGGGUUGGGUAGGGGACUUGGAAAGAAGCUAUUACUUGUGUGGUACAGUGGUAGGGCCUCAUCCAUGUCCAAGCAUGGUUCGAGAAUUUCAAUCAGUGAUAGGGAAAGAAACAAGAAGACAAGCAAUGGAGAAAUGGGGUGGAAAACCAGAAGUAUUGAUAGCCUGUGUGGGAAGUGGAUCAAAUGCAUUAGGUUUAUUUAAUGAAUUUAUAAAAGAUGAAGAAGUGAGAUUAAUAGGUGUUGAAGCAGCUGGUUUUGGGUUGGAUAGUGGAAGGCAUUCGGCAACUCUCUCAAGAGGGGAAGUGGGUGUGUAUCAUAGAGCCAUGACCUACUUGUUGCAAGAUGAAGAAGGACAAAUUUUAGGCGCACAUUCUAUUGGUGUAGGGCUAGAAUAUCCAGGUGUUGGACCAGAGAUAAGCUUUCUAAAAGACUCAGGACGUGCAGAGUUCUACACAGCCACAGACCACGAAGCUGUUGAUGCUUACAAGCGGCUAUGUAGAUUAGAAGGCAUAUUUCCAGCGUUGGAGGCAUCUCAUGCAUUGGCAUUUCUAGACAAACUUUGUCCAACUUUACCCAACGGUGCUAAAGUUGUAGUUAAUUGUAGUGGGCAUGGAUAUAAGGAUGCUGCAACAGUUUUCAACUACCAACAACAACCUCAAUAGAUGCCUGUAAAUAGUCAAAUUUUACAAGGCACAACAUGUACCUGUAUCCGCACAGUUGGAUGCAUGGAUUUAUUGCAGUAUUUGGAUGUAUAAUUAGGCAGCAUGCUCUGGAUUAAAAUGAUACGCAUUAUUUCCAACCUA